CGUCUCUGUCCCAUCUCGUCCAAUUCAUUCAACAUUGCGAUUGUUGGAUUCAAUACACAACAACACUUGACUUCUUCGCGACUCGCACGUACGCUAGCUAGCCUUCUGUGUCACUCGCCGCCGACCGGACACGACUAGCCCGCCGCCCGCCGCCCGCCGCUGCGCUUCCGCUUCAGUCGCCGUCGCCGCCACGGGCACAUGGACACGCGCACGCCGCUGCCGCCGCUCACGACCACCGCGCCCACGACAACACGCCUGCUCCACUCCACUUGCCGCUUUCUGAAUAGCUAGCCACCUCGCGACUAUCGAUCUGCUACCCCCAUCCGUGCGGCAUCGCUUCCUUCACGACCACGGCGCGCGCGCUCGCCCCCUCGCUCGCUCGCAUCGCUCAACGCGAACCGGGUUCGAACUCACCACCUUCUAUUGUGAUCGCGUUUCGCGGCACCACAUCACCCACACCACCAUGACCGUCAUUCCACCAGGAGCAAAGCUCGCCCCCGUCGACCUCCCGCCGCCGCCGCCGUCGGCCGACCCGCGCGAGCCCGAGGCAACCGCUACGCGCGGCCGCAACGCGCGCACACCGCAGCGCCAUCGCUCGCCGUUGUCGUCGCGCGCGUCGUCGCCCAUCCGCGCGUCGGUCGUCACCGACCUGUCGUCGUCCCCACCCCUGCUGGCGCCCAAGCCGCGCACCGCGGCAACGGGCAGCACCGCCGCCGCCGUCGCCAGCGGCAGCCCAGUUAGCCCCGCCGGCGCCAAGACGGCCGGCCACGCAUUCCCACACCACGGGCAUCCCCACCUCUCCCGCCCCGGAUCGCCGGCGUCGAUCCACUCGUCGGGCUCGGCCAUCUUUGAGCGCGAUAUCGAGCUGCCCGCCGUCGCGAGCCUCAGCCUCAACACGUCGGGCUCGGGCACCCUCAACCACAAGUCGAGCCGCAUCUUCCACCCCCACGGUUCGAGCCUCGAACAGACAGUCCCCGCCGUGCUCGACGACGCGGUCGAAGCCCUCACUGCGUCCGAGCCGUACGGCGGCGGCCUGAGCGGCCUCGAGAUCGAAGCCCCAGCUGCGGCCUCUUCCGUCGGCAUGGCCCGCACAAGCUCGGCACAGCUGUCGCCUGCGCUCCGUGCGCGUGUCAUCUCGCUUCCUCCAAGCUUGUCCGCCGGCGGCAAGUCGCCAUCGCGCAGUCCCUCUCCCGAUCGCCUCGGAUCUUCGCCAGUCGCCUCGUCGCCCUUCAGCCUCGGCCAACUGUCGGUCCAACAGCUCGCAUCGCCUUCGGCCUCGGCUCUUGCCGCCGGCUCGGCGGCUAGCGGCUCGCCACCACCACCAUUGAACCGUGCGUCGCCGCCCGUCGCCUCGGCCCCUCCUGUCGCCAUCAAGCACCGCCCCGAGCCGCUCCGCCGUCUGAGCUCGGGCCCACAGCUGCCCGGUGGCUGGGCUUUCCAGGACGAGGACGCCUCUGGCGCCACGGCCGUGCUCCGCUCCGAGCCUGGCUCUGGCGGCCAGACGCCUGUCCCGAGCGCCGUCCCAUCGCACCUCACGCCGACAAAGGACAAGCGCCGCAUCUCGUUCAUCUCGUACAACGACCUGCUGCUCAGCGUGCCAACCACGGUCAACACGCUAGGCGAGAUUACGAGCGGCAGCCUGUCGCCCGACCACCUUCCCGGCGCCGUGUCCCCCAGCAUCCCGACGCGCUCCCCGGUCGUGGCCGCUAGCCCCGUUAGCCUGAGUGCUGGCGUCGGCCUGCCCGCACCUCCGACUGACGCGCUCUCGCGCCAGGCGCUUGUCGGCGGGCCCGAGUGGCAGCGUGAGGGCCUCGGCCGCGGCCUCGAGCAGCGCCUCGAGGACCUGGCCAUCCACGACAACGGCGCGCAGGCUUAGGCUUGGUUUCAUGUCUCUGCGACUCUCUGUGUAUGUUGACUAUUGUGUCUCACGCCUCCCCCUUUCAAUUUCUUUAAUCUGUCAAGGUGUAAUCGAGCAAGCCGUGUCCAGGACGUUUUUGUGAUGAGCUGUGCGUGCUGCCGAGUUGUGGUGUGGAUUAGAUUUGGGUCUGUCUGCUCCGGCGCGGUAUGCAUUAUGAGUUUGUGGUACUUGGCGGGGGGCGGGGGGUGGUAGCUGUGACUCAACUGACGGGCCUGACUCCUCGCUUCCAUCCAUCGCCGAGGACACUGACUGACCUGCGAGAGAGGCUCGUCACAACCCAGC